AUUUAUUAGACACUGGAUGUCUUGUUUCAUCUAAUUAUAUAGCUUGAUGACCAGUAAUACAGCAAUAGAUAGUGAUGUGUCUAAAGCAUCAGCACGAGAACAUUCAUCAUAUAAGAAGUUUUGCAAUGUUAAGAACUUAACUUUUAUUCCCAAUGCUACAAUAGAUACAUCAUCAAAUUUAGCACCUUUAAAUACACCGCGUUCAUACCUUUUGGCAGGACUGCGCACUGCUCCAUGUUUGGAUAGACAAGUAGGAUGUGAGCCAGGAAAUCAAAAGAAUGAAGAGACAUAUGUUCCUCUUCCGAAUGUCUAUAGGAAAGAUAUAAAUGAUUCAAGACACAUGGGGGCAUCAGCUUACCCACAUAUACAUGCUUUAUCACCUAGGACAGCACAAGGACUUGGUUUAUCCACAUAUCAAAAAGCAAGCUUUCCUGUAAAUUCUGUAUCAGAGCCAUCUACUCCUUAUCAACAUAACUUUGAUGAAUUUAAGGGAAUAACUCCACAGAAAUAUUCACCAUUAUUAUUUUCCAAUUCAUCUUUUACACAACCUAUCUUAUCUCAACAAUAUUCAUAUCAACCAAGAAAAAUCAAUCCCACCUCACCAUCAAAUUCUGGUACCUUUCUUAAAAGCUUUCCUUCACAUCAUAUACCGGAACAACAUGUUUCUUCUUACUCUCCAAUGCUUCACGAAUCACAUUAUGAACUUCCUGGUUAUUCUAACCCUUUAGAAAUUCAUUCCUCAGCUUUUCCUGGCUCUACUUAUCAUUCUCAAUUUUCUAAUCUUAAGAAAAACAAACAUUUUUCGGCUUUUCAUACAAAUACUAACGAUUCUUCUACAAAUCCUAAUUCACCAUUUGGUUUUCAUUCAAAUAUUCCUCCUUUAAAUAAAGAUGGUGUUCCUUAUCGUCAACCACGUGGUCCUCCUCCUAUGGAAGAACUACUUUCACCUAAUGAAUCCGAAAACAAAAAUUUUUCUCUAAGAUUACGCAGGCAGGCUAUUAACAAAAUAUUGCAUGCUGGUGUGCAACGUCAAAACAUCCUUUUCUCUUCUGGAUCUACUCUUGAUACUCCUAAUGAUCUACUAAAAGCAUCUUAGAUUCUUUUAAAAUACCUCUUUCUUUCUUAUCGUCUCUACUACGAUU